AACCCAAUACUGCACAGUUUAACUCGAACUUAACUGCGAGGAUCACCUGAAUUAUAUUAUUUUAAUCAUGAAAUUGUUCGUAGUUGCCGCUAUCCUCGGAGUAUGCUCAGCUGCUCGCUUAGACAACGCCUACCUCCCUCCUAGAGGCGGGGAUGGUGCAGGCUACGGCACUACAGGAGCCAGCUUUGGAGCAUCUGGUUUCGGAGGAUCUAACAUAGGUGCUGGUCAUGGAGGUUCAGGUUUUGGAGCUGGAAGCAACUUCGGGUCAGGCGCAUCAGGCUUUGGGGCUGGAAACAACUUCGGGUCAGGCGCGUCAGGUUUUGGGGCUGGAAAUAACUAUGGGGGAGGCGCAGGUUUCGGCAGAGGAUCUGGCAGUGGACAAGGCUCUUUUGGAUCUGGAAGACAAUCAGCUGAUGCCAACGCUCAAAUCUUGAAAUUGAACAGUGAAGUUACUGCUGAGGGAUUCCAAUACGAAUAUGAAACCUCAAAUGGGAUCAGAGCUGACGCCUCUGGAGUAGCCACAAACGGUGUUCAGUCCCAAGGAAGCUUCGCUUACAAGGGUGAUGAUGGCCAGGACUACAGCAUAACAUACACCGCUGACGAGAACGGCUUCCAACCUCGUGGUGCUCAUCUUCCAACUCCUCCACCGAUCCCAGCUGAAAUCUUGAAAUCUCUGGAACAGAACGCUCGCGAUGAAGCAGCUGGUAUCGUUGAUGAUGGCUCCUACCACGGUGAAGGUGCUGGUUCAGGAUCUGGUGCUGGUAUUGGUGGAUACUCUCCAUCCGGGCAAUACGGUGCUCCAGCUCAAGGUUUCGGUGGACGUGGAACUGGCUACAGCGGCCAAGGAUCCGGCUUCGGAGGUCAGGGAUCAGGUUUCGGCAGUCAAGGAUCAGGCUUUGGUAGCCACGGAUCGGGCAUUGGCAGCGGAUCAGGCUUUGGCAGCCAAGGAUCAGGUUUCGGCGGUCAGGGAUCAAGUUUCGGUAGCCGCGGAUCUAGUGGUACCCCAUCUCGUCAAUACCUAACCCCCAAUGCUGGUCGUGGCUCAGGAAACGGCAAUUUUAACGCACAAACCGGUUACCGUUAUUAAUACUUUGAAGAUAAGGCUUACCCAAAUUAAUCCACCGAUUUUUGGAUUGAGAAAUUUUCCGUAAUACCUCUUCGAUACUUUUUGUAAAAACUUAAUUUUAUUGCGUUGUAAUGCCUUCUCAUACUUGCCGGUUAUUAUUAUAUAUCUAUUCAUAAGUAAAAUUGAAUUAGUAUUUAUCGUAAUUUGUAAUUCUCAUUAAUUUCGACAAGAAAAUUAUGUUUUUAAUGUAUUUUAUAAUAUUAUUGUGAUUAUCUUGCAGUACAACGAAUUCAGCUAUGAACCAUUUAUGUGUUAUUAUUUGAGAAAAUCUUUUGUCUCUUUCUCCAUACUAAUGAUCUCAAUUAUAACUCUCCCUCUCCCUUUCUUUGAACUUGUAAAUUUAGGGUAGUUAUAAGUUUAUAGAUUACUUGGCGAUGUAAAUGGACAGUACUAGGCUUAUGUACGCAUGAUAUGUUAGCUUUUAAUAAUCUGUAAAUAAAAUGAAUAAAUAUUUUAUAUAAAUAUUAAAA